GAGCAACACCGAGCUUGCUGUCCGUUGCUGUGUAUCAUCCUCGAGUCUUAACAUCAUCUUUUCUGUCCUCCCAUGACCCAACGAUGUACUGAAACUGACAUCAACUCAGUUAUAUGGACUAUCAAUCGCAGACCCGUUUAUGGUUUAUGAGAAAACCCUUCGCAAAAACGAACUCUAGUCGCCCAAAUUUUCUUGCUUUUACUUUAUCGCUUCUCUUCCCGCAUUUUUAGAUUUAGGUUAACUGAGAUCUCUAUCAAUUCGGUGUGUAAGUAAAUAGUCGUAAAAGUGUACUUGAGUAGGCUUUCGUCGCAAAGUAAAGUAAGGUUCAAUUGUCCAUUGUUGUUCCCGCGUAUUUUCUACUUGCGUAGAGGUCCCGUGUAAACAAACGAGAUGCAAAAUAGUUCAGCAAUUAGUUGUCCGUCGGUUCUGUGAAUAUUUCUUGUAACUCUCGAAAUUAAUUUUUGUGUAAUCUGAGCUCCAUCUCUGUCAUUGCGCAGUUUAGCAAUACACGUGAAUUCUCACGAUUUCCUCCAACAAUAAAUACAUUGAAAGAAUCAACUGAUAGCCGAAGGCGCGGUCUUGUUUCGCCUGAUUUAGUGGAAAUUGAGAAUAUCGGGUACCACUGUGAUUCGUGAUACGAAGUUUGAAAGAAUGUUAUCGCGCGGCAUCGCGCACUUUUAUCCGCGCUCUGCGCACUUUAAUACCCCGAGGGUUGCUUCCUACUGAAGUAAAUUUUUUUACAACUAGGGCGUAGAGGACGAAACUUUGCGAGUGCGCUUUGUAUUCGAGUAUCGUACAAAACGGCGGUUUAGAGGACUAAGCAUUAGCCAUUCGACGUGAGUUUGCGCGCACAUACAACAGGCCACCGCGUCGAAGAGCGGUCUUUAAGACGAGGCAUCCUUCUCUCUUCCACAGAUGUCAACAAUUAUGUCGAGUGAAGGGUUAGGAGCACCGCUGCGGCAGACGACCGCAGUAGUCGUUCGCGUAGCUCCACUCAAGGAUCCGGAUAUUUGCAAGGCCGGCGGAGCAGAUAGCGGCUUAUUUUUACCACUAUUCGGUGAAGAUGAGAACGAUUGGGAUAUCAAUUUGCGCCAAUUCCUUUACCUCAUAGGCACACUCUGGUGCUUUAUGGGAGUCGCGAUUGUCGCUGAUGUUUUCAUGGUACUAAAGUUGCAAGAGGCAAUUCAUUGUCAUUGAUUGAACUACUAGAGGGACCUGAGAUAAGUACCUCCGCGGGAAUCAUUGUGGGUGGCACAACACACCCCAUGGAUGGGCACACUAUCCACUAUCAACCUUUUCACCUCAUACCCCAUGAAUAAAGGGCAUAUUAUCCACCAUCAACCUUUUUACACCAGGGCGCAAUCGAAAAAGUGACUAGCGUGAAGCGAACCAUCACGGACCCAAAGACUGGCAGGACAACAACCGUGAAAAUAUGGAACGAUACGGUUGCAAACCUAACGCUCAUGGUAUAUUUAGCGCUCAUUUGUUUUGAGCAUGUAACACAGAUGCAAAUUUAACGCUCAUUGUAAAUUUUUAACACAAGCCAACUGCGAAUUUAGCGCCCAUGGUAUUAACAUGAAAUGUCGAACAGAAUUGACUAUUCGAAAUCUUGAAUUAUGCGAGUAGCUAAUUGAAAUAUCCGAGUGUCGUAGAAGGUUAUUCUCUGGGGUACUCGGUUAUUCCAGUUUUUCGAAUACACAGUUACACUUUUAUAACGCUCAUUGUAGAAGACGGAAGUUUAAACAUCUAGAAACAACUCGCCAACACAGGCACUAGGAUCUUCAGCGCCGGAGAUCUUGUUGUCGGUCAUCGAGCUCUUCAGCAACGACUUCCACUCCGGAGCUCUCGGGCCGUCCACUAUUGUUGGCUCGGCAGCUUUCAACCUUUUGGUCAUUAUCGCAGUCUGUGUCCUAGCGAUACCUGAUGGCGAAAUCCGAAAGAUCAAGGAUCUCGGAGUCUUCGCAAUUACGGCCUUCUGCUCCGUUUGGGCGUAUUUAUAUACAUCGUUUUGUUCGACUCUUCACUCUAGUUGUAUUCUUGCUUUUAGAAGAAUAAGUAGAUGACUUGUUGCAAGCUCAGCAAGAUUUUUCCUCCCCAAAAAAUCGAUUAAUGGUUCAUUCUACAAGUAGAAAGAUGAAAACCUAAAGUGCUUUCCUAUUUUACAACUACAACUUUUUCAGGUACAUUUGGCUCUUGCUGAUUUUAGUGUGGGUCUCCGAAGACGUAGUCGAACCAUGGGAAGGUGUCAUAAGUUUUAUGUAUUUUCCGGUUCUGGUCGUAACAGCAUAUCUUGCCGAUAUAGGCGUCAUCUGCAAGAGAAGUGCGGUAUCCUCAACCGUUAUUGCAGCACAAGACCUUUCUAAGGAGGAGCUCGCAGAACUCGUACUACUUCUAUAUAGUUCGCUUUCUUGUUGGUAUAGACUUCAACUUAUGACAGACAGAAAAAAUCUUCACGAAAGUGUAGUUGAUGUAGUUGUUGAAGAUGUUUACACCAACCCUUUUCUGAAGACAUAUCACCUAUAAUUUGGAAUGAAUUAGAAUUUGGAUAUUCUUGUCUUCAUGUUGAUCGAGAAAAAAGGUACUUUCACAUGUUUGAUAAAUUUUGUGACCUCGUCCGAAGCUUUUCUUGUGCAUUAAUCUUGCGUUCAGGCCAUGCGCAUCCAAAAGAGGCACGGAUCAGCGCAGCUCUCUGAAGAACAGAUGGCGCGUUUAAUGCAAGUAGAGACCGCGUCGAAGUCGCGAGCAGCGCGACGAAUAGCAGCGACGCGUGGAAAAUUAGCAGGAGGUGCAAUCGGCCCGGACAAGGAAGUUGCCUCCGCGAAAACAAAAAUGUCAGUAGUCACGCCUGCAGCUGAUGACGCGGAAGGCGAAACUAUUGCAGAAAUAGGCUUUCUAGAAGGUACUUCCAAUUAUUAGAUAUAAUAAACCCGCUCCCGCCUAGCUACGACAUUCAUAUUUUUGUUUGCAUUCGCAGCAUGACUUGCUACUUGGUGCUUCUGCUCUCUCUUUAUCAUAACAUCGAAUUCAUGCGUACACUUUCUUUUUUUAAUCUUGUUGUUCACCAUCAUCGCGUACACUUGCUUAUUAAUCAUGAAUCUUCACAAAUGACAGGCUGCAUCUACGCGGUGCUUGAGGGCGGCGGCGCAGUGCAGCUGGUCGUGUCGCGAACGAGCAACGAAGGGCGGGCGACAAUUGACUUCGCAACUAGGGAUGGCGAUGCGAAGCAACCAGAGGACUACAUUGCAACCAAGGGCACGCUAGUCUUCGAACACGGAGAAACUGAAAAAACAAUAUCUGUGCCAAUUGUCGAUGACGACAAAUACGAGGAGGACAAGAAAUUCUAUGUUGACCUAACCAACUUCGUCGAGCCCCCAGGCGUCAAGUACAACGUCCCAAAAGAAUACUCAACAGCAACGGUAAUUUUAUCGACGAGUUUUUCUUGUCAUGUGAACAUUUAGAUUCUUGACUAUGAAGAUCAAGACAGAACAUUAUGCAUUGGUUUGCGACGAUUCUCGUAAAAAGUCUGAAGAUGGGCCACCUGUGAUAUAUACGUUUACUCAAUAACGCGAUGAUCAUCCCAAGACUAACCUUGGUUUCGAAUCUGUAUGUUUUUGACGAACAGGUGACAAUCAUCGACGACGAUCUGCCCGGCGUGAUCAUGUUCGAAUUUGAGACGCUAUCGAUAAGCGAAUCGAAGGAGGACGCAACACAUAAAGUCCACGUUCUUAGAAAGAACGGUAGUACCGGAGAAAUAUCGUGCCAGUUCACCACAGAAGAAGAUAGCGCCACGAAGGAUAUGGAUUACGUGCACACUGAAGGUAAAAAUCAUAUUUGAAAGAGAUUGAACAUUUUGUUUGACGUUCUGGGCGCGUGAAUUAUUCUAUUAUGUUGCGCCGUAGCAUUGCAGAGUAGUUGAUGCAUUCAAGUUUGUCUCUAUUUUGCAUACUUGGAUUUUUAUCACACUACACAGGCAUGCUGACCUUCGCACACAACGAGCGAGAGAAGGUGAUUCCGAUUCGGGUCAUGGCCCGCGGUCGAUACGAGAGUCUAGAGAAGUUUAGAAUUAUCUUGUCGGACGUGGCCGGUGGGGCGAAGUUUGACGUGAACACUGACGGCGGAGAGGACACUGCGGUGUGCACGAUCUCGCUAUGCCCGGAAGAAAAGCAGAAGCGCUUCAUCGACGGUGCGGGCGCCUUGUUGAGGGUGAACAAGGACAAGAUGAGUGUCGGACACGCAAACUACAAAGAGCAAUUUAUUAGCGCCAUCUACGUGAACGGGUCACCAGAAGAGCAAGCGGAAGCCUCAACGUCGGACUGGAUCAUCCAUUUCAUCACCGUGUUCUGGAAGGUGCUCUUCGCGUGCAUCCCACCAACGGACUAUGCAAACGGAUGGGUAUUUUUCAUUUUCAUAUGAGAACGAUUCAUAUUCAGUGAGUAAGUACUUGACGAUGUUAGUCUUCUUGCAUGUUGUGAAGUGACUAGUACUUUUUCCAGCCCAUUGCUUCUCUCCAGCUAAGAACGAGUAACCGUUCACAUGUGGUUGACCGCAAUCGAGCAAUUUUUUUUCGAUGUAUGAAUUCUUUUCCGCUGUAAAUCCCAUGAUCAUCAAGCAAUGUCCCCUAGGUAUGUUUUUUCUCGUCGCUUGCCAUGAUCGGAGUGGUAACUGCGAUUAUCGGAGACAUAGCAGCAAUGCUUGGAUGCGUUCUCAACAUCCCAUCCUCGAUAACCGCUAUCACUUUUGUUGCCUUGGGUACAAGUCUCCCAGAUUUGUUCGCCUCUAAGGCAUCUGCAGAACAGGAUCCAUAUGCGGAUGCCUCAGUUGGCAACGUCACAGGAAGCAACUCCGUCAACGUAGAAUUUAUUUCUUCGAAAUUCUUGUUGUAGAAAAGGGAAAACACUGUGCUUUUAGUACACAGAUAAUACUCGAGCGCAUAAAAAUCAAAAAACGUCCUUACGGUAAACAAACCAGACUACUAAGAACAAUAAGAUAGAUGGAAUCAGCUUAGUACGCUGAACACGAAAUUGUAAGUAAGCGAGUAAAAAGUUAUUGUUUUGAAAUAAUGAAUAAUUAGGUAUUCUUGGGUUUGGGUUUGCCCUGGAUGAUUGGUGCGUUUUACUGGCAGUCCGAGGGCCGAACACCAGAUUGGGAGAACACUAUCCUGCAAAAGAAGGCGAGUCUUCUUACGCGAUCGGACCUUAAGGAUGGUGGCUUCGUCGUCGUCGCAGGUACCAUGCUGUCUUGAAAUAAAUGAGAACCACAAUUCGAAUUAGAUAUACACUGUCCGGUGGAAAAGUGAGUUGUUGCUCCCAUUGUUGAAUGAUUUGUGAAUAAUUAAUGUAACUGCUUGCGCUUAGACGCAUUUCUUGAUCCUGAUACUCUCUGCAGGUUCAUUGGGAUACUCGGUGAUGAUUUUCACGAUAUGCGCAUUAGCAUGCAUCGCUACUCUGAUCGUCCGAAGAUCCGUCUAUGGCGGAGAGCUAGGUGGUCCGAAAGUGCCCAAGGUAUCUGGCUUUGUCUACUUUAGUGUUGUGCGGCAUGACUCGUCUAAGCUGAUGCUUUUUAGGUCAAUAACAAAUAUCGAUAUUUGAGUUUUUGAUAGCUGGAUGUUGUUGUAGAACUAGUUCUAUUCAACUACUUUAUCAAAUUUUUUGCCACUUUUCCCAACGUCAAUCUACCCCUCGACUUUCAAAUUUUCACAGAUUGGUACGGCAGCCUUCUUCGUGGGACUGUGGGGUCUCUACAUCCUCUUGAGCUCGCUCAAAGCCCUCGACGACGAGUGAUGAAGAAUCAAAAGUUUCUCUAAUACCCUGAAAAAAUCUCAGAGCACAUGAAAAGAAAAAUGAACGAGACAUUGAUAAUAUGUCACUGGUGACCGUCAACAUUUUUAUAGCUUCACGAGACCUUAUUCUGAUAGCAACUUUGAUAGAUUGUGAGCACGGCGUUUUACAUUACAAAAAGCAAUUUCCACACAUUGAUAAUGAGAACAUCAGCAUAGACAGUGCUUGAGUCAACAAGGCUUAAGUGAACAAGUAGUUCCGAAUUCUACAAGUAUUGUAUAGUACUGUUAGAGGUUCAUGGCCAGAGCAUGAACGAGAUCUUACGCACAUCGAAAAUAUAAUGCAUGGUCGGGGAAAAACGAAAUUUCCCCAAAAGAACAUGACGCAGCAACCCUCAUCGGCUUCGCGCUUUUUUAUCCUGGUCAUUUAUGAAUGUAUCGAGUUUUCCAUCUGCAACGAAUACAAAAUGGAUUAGAAAUAGAGGCAGUAUUUGGCACAUGAAAAAAUUAGAGUUUUCCAAACUCAAAAAAACGGUAAUAUCAUUUAGUUUGCGAUUACAAAUCGAGAUAUUGAUACGCUGCCCGUCGCGCAGUGGCACCGUUGUAGACAGUUGUUUCUAAUAAGUUGUGAAUUUUACGGAGCAACGUUGUAAGUAUUUGCAACAAGGGGCUUUCAGUUCUACCUUGGGCGGGGCUAGUUUUUCAUUGGGCUUGUUCUACCUAGAUAAGAUAUUUUACGCACUAAUCAUUAGGGACCAAGUUUCGCAUCGAUCUUCCCUUGUUUGAUGGUACUGUUAACCUUGAAAUUAGCUCCUGUGCUUGGAAGACAAUACCCGGACUCCCGUUGUGUACAACGGAGAUCAUACUUACACUUUCGCAGUUCAUACUUAUGCCUGUUAUAAUAUUGUCAAACGAAUAGCUCCAUAUUUUCAACUUGUUCAUGCUUGUCUGAUGCGGUAUCACUAAAAACGUGCUGAUGAAAGGCUGCAUUUAGGGGUUGGAUAAACUUUGCACUUCGUAACUCACAUUCUAACCAUGAUCAACAAAACGACCACGCUAGAAAACAAAAUGAACGAACAGGAAAUAAGCGACAUUUAAUAAAACCUUCGCAAGAUCAUUAGUGUGUCACUUUUGACGCCGUAGAGAUAGCCGGACAUGAACGCAACUCGCAGCUGUGUAUACCAUCAGCAACAUCUCGCUGAGAUCAUUUACAAAUUGAAAAGGAACCUGGAC